CGGAGAAGCUACUAGUAGGAAAUCGUGCGAAGCCGAAGGAACGUUCUUGCUCUUGCAUGCUGGCAAGUGUCGUCUCUUUGUCACAGUUUUGUUGUAGCUGUUCAAACGACCAGAGGUUUUCUGUCGUAUUACACGAAUGCUAUGACACAAUCUUGUGAAGUCUUAGCUAUGAUGGAUGCACAUACUACGACAUUUGGUCGUAAACGCGGCUGUACAAUUUCAAGAUGCGGUGCAUUUUUACUCACGACAUUUUUCAUCCUUGGUAUUGUAGCGACAGGGUUACUAGUAUAUCAUUUUGCGCCUUGUCUUAAUGGUAAAUCUGUCGACAAUGCGGACAAUUUUGCGGACAGUGCACUCUUGAAUUCCGCACGAACAUUCGCCACGGCAGAUGCGCACAAAAAAAAGAUUGACGUUCGUCUACCCAAGUCGGUAGUUCCUGAUUCUUAUGAAAUAAAAUUGAUGCCAUUUAUUUGGGAAGGCAAUUUCACAUUUAAUGGCGAGGUAACUAUUUAUGUGAAUGUAACAAAGGAUACUAAGAACAUAACACUGCAUGCAGCAGAUAUGAAAAUAGAUUAUCAACGAACAACAAUAAAAGAAUAUAAUAAUAAUUCUAGUACUAAAAAUGUAGGUAAAUGGUUUAAAAUAUUUGACCAAACAAACGACACUGCCAGACAAUUUCACAUAAUCCAUACUAGCGAGACUUUGAAAGCUGGCAUGCAGUAUGUAAUUUACCUAAAGUUCAUUGGCUAUCUCAAUGAUUACCUUCAAGGCUUCUACCGAAGUUCUUACACUGCAGGAAACCAAACAAGAUGGAUCGCAACAACUCAAUUCCAAGCCACGGAUGCUCGACGUGCAUUUCCGUGUUUCGAUGAGCCAGCACUUAAGGCUAAAUUUCAAAUAAGUAUUGCUAGACCUACAAAUAUGACUUCUGUGUCAAAUAUGCCUCGAAUAGGUGAACCUGAACGAGUGCGUGGAAUGCCGACGUAUGUUUGGGAUCACUACCAACGUUCAGUGCCAAUGUCAACUUACUUAGUAGCGUUUUUAGUCUCUGAUUUUGAAGUCUUGAAGUCGGCUGAUAAUCUGUUUGGAGUUUGGGCACGCAAAGAAGCUAUCGAACAAGCGCGAUACAGUUUAGAAAUCGGGCCUAAAAUACUUAAACACUACGAAGACUAUUUUCAAAUUAAAUUUCCGCUUCCCAAAAUGGAUAUGGUUGCGUUGCCAGAUUUUGCUGCCGGCGCUAUGGAAAAUUGGGGCUUAAUUACUUACAGAGAAACAGCAAUGUUGUUUCAAGAAGGCGUAUCAACCAGUAAUAGUCAACAACGCGUGGCAACAGUAAUUGCUCAUGAAUUAGCUCAUCAGUGGUUUGGAAAUUUAGUGACUCCCAGUUGGUGGUCGGAUCUAUGGUUAAAUGAAGGAUUUGCUAGCUACGUCGAGUACAUUGGCGUUGAUUCUGUAGAGCCAGAUUGGAAAAUACUCGAACAAUUUGUCACUUAUGAAGUACAAAAUGUAUUUAAUCUCGACGCUUUAGCUUCAUCUCAUCCAAUAUCUAUUGAAGUCGGACACCCAGAUGAAAUAAGUGAAAUAUUCGACCGCAUUUCUUACGGCAAAGGUGCUUCAAUAAUUCGUAUGAUGGAUCACUUCUUAACUACUAAAGUAUUUAAGCAGGGAUUAACAAACUACUUGACUGCUAAAGCAUACGGCAAUUCAGAACAAAAUGAUCUUUGGAAUGCAUUAACAAAUCAAGCGCACAAGGAUCACGUAUUGUCACCAAAUGUUACCGUAAAACAAAUUAUGGAUACUUGGACUCUACAAACAGGUUUUCCAGUAGUUACAGUUACACGUGAUUAUAAAUCAGGUGGCGCUUAUUUAACACAAGAACGUUUUAUGCUGCAAAAUAGUACUACUGAAGUAUCAAUGGGUGAAUCGUUAUGGUGGAUACCAAUAACGUACACGACUGAAGCUGUUAAAAAUUUUAACAAUACCAAACCAUCACACUGGAUGAAUGCUCAACGUUCGUUGUCAUUGUCAAAUAUUGGAGCAUCAAAUAAUCAAUGGGCUAUUUUUAACAUUCUCGAAACGGGAUUUUAUCGUGUUAACUAUGAUAAAAUAAACUGGCAAUUAAUCACAAAACAAUUAAACACAGCUAAUUAUAAAGAUAUAUCAACAAUAAAUCGUGGUCAACUAAUUGAUGAUGCCCUUAAUUUAGCACGUGCUGGAAGAAUUGAUUACUCAACUGCACUUGAUGUUACUUCGUAUUUGGCGCAUGAAACAGAAUAUGUACCGUGGAAAUCAGCUCUAACAGCUUUGAAUUAUCUGGAUAACAUGUUGAAUAAAUAUCAGGGUUAUGAUAGAUUUAGAGUCUACAUGCUUAAGCUUUUGGAUAAUAUCUAUCGUGAAGUAGGCUUUAAAGACACUCCUGGUGAUCCUCAACUAACUGUUUUUACACGUAUUGAUAUACUUCUUUGGGCAUGUACUUUUGGUCAUGAUGAUUGUGUUCGUAAUGCCGUUAUGCAAUUUCAAAAUUGGCGUAAUUCGCCUGAUCCAGAUACAAGUAACCCAAUUUCACCGAACUUAAAAAGUGUAGUUUAUUGUACGGCAAUCAGAACUGGUGGACAAGCUGAGUGGGACUUUGCAUGGGAACGUUAUCAAAAAACUAAUGUAGGAUCGGAAAAAGAUUUACUUAUGUACGCACUUGGAUGUUCAAGAGAACCAUGGAUUUUAAGCCGGUAUCUUGAAUGGGCGACUACUGAAAACUCGGGAAUUAGAAAACAAGAUACGUCACGUGUAUUUAGUUCUGUUGCUAAUAAUGCUAUUGGUCAACCACUCGUAUUUAGUUUUCUAAGAAAUCAAUGGGCUCGUUUGAGAAAAUUCUGUGGGUCAUCUUUAUUAGCAAUCAAUAAUAUUGUUAAAUCUGCCACUAAAAAAAUAAAUACAAAAUAUGAACUAAAAGACUUAUUAGACUUUGCACAAGAACAUAGCAGUGAAUUGGGUAGUGCUACACGAACUGUUCAACAGUCAGUCGAACAAGCUGAUGCAAAUAUCAGAUGGUUAGACAGAAAUUACAUCACAAUUCGCGAUUGGUUAUUGAGAAAUACUGCGUGAAGAUAAUGAUAAUAUAUAAAAAAAAAAAAAAAUUUAAUGAAUGAGUUAAAUGAGUCUGAGUCGUUUGAUCGAAAUAGUUAGAUAUUUAAGAAAUUUUCUAUGAGCUUGUUAUUAAUUAUUAUACUAGCUCAUUAGAAAUAAAAAUUGUGUGGUUUGUUUUGUAUGUAUUUGUAAAUAUUUAAAAAAUAUUGUAAUAUGUAUAUGGGUGAUUUAAACUGCUAAUAAGCAGUAUUAUUAGUAUUAUAAAUUUUUUAUCGUAAUUUUAUUACAUCUUCAACUUUAUACAUUUAAUUGCCAUAUUUGAGUAAUCAUUAAUACAUAUGUUUUCAAAUCACCUGAUUUGAAACCACAAGUUUCAAUGUCUGUUUAGCCACUCAACACUAACCAAUUUCAGCACAAUGCUAUUCAAUAAGCUGAAAAUAAUCAAUUCCUUCUGUCGGUUAAAAAACGUUAAAUUCUUUCCCGCUUACUCUAGUGGAUUCAAAUUACGGUAAUUUACGGUAUUCAGCAGAAUUACCGUAAGUUAGCUAAGUUGUGGUAAUUUACCGCUAGGGUAAGUAGUUUCUGACUUUAUGUCAGCUGUUUAAAAAUCGUAUCUGUUUAUUAUAAACCGCAGUAAGAUGAUAAUUAUAAACCACUUUAAUAAACUAUUGGACUAUUGAAAUUAUUCAUAUGCUAUAGGACUUGAUGGCAUUCUCAGGCGGUGCGUUGCCCUUCAUUCUAUUUAAAAUUUCCAAUAACCUUAAAAUGUCACCGUAUUAAAAUUUUAUAAGAUAAUUUUGAGAAGUGUUAGCAUUAACUAAAGAAAAGAUAAUAUUGUUAAAAUUUUAUCAGGAUACUUAUUUAAAAAAAUAAUGUCAUCAUUAUUUUAGAUUCUCUAGCGGUUCUAAAUUACGGCAACGACCGUAAUUUGCGGCAUUCAGAAGAAUUACAGCAAUUCACCGUAAAUUUACGGCAAUAAUGCGGUAUUUUACCGUGCAAUUGCGGUAACAUUGAGAUAUUUCACCGUAGACGUGCAGAUUAACUGCAAAAUUACGGAACUUUACCAUAAAAUUAGAUACUGGACCUCGAUUAUCUACUAAAUGAUUAAUCUAUAAAGUUUCAAAAGAUUAUUUUCAGUAUUAUACAAACCUUGCUCAAAGAUAUAGAGCGACAUAGGAAGUAUCAUUAACCCUUGUUUUGUUUCGACUAGCGGCAGACAUUUAAACUAAGUUUCAAUGCAGGCAAUUAUAAUAAAUGCAGCGUGGCGCGGGAUAAAACACGAUUUUAGAUUUCAAGAUUAUGUUAGAAAUCGUUUUUUAUCUCUAACCACCCAAUCUAUCAUUACCAGUAUUGUUUUUUUUUUCGAUUAAAACUAAACAUUCGAUUAUAGCUAAAUUAUUAUUAGUUACAGAUUACGAUUGCUUAAU